AUGAACUCCCCCACCAGCAGCAGCAGCACGACCUUGACGACGACGACGACGUGGCAUGGGACCAGCUCGAGCUGGACCCGGACCCCACCUCCGCCAGUCAGUCGCCCUCGCGCGGGCUCCCCAACAAUGCCGCCACGACCAAGGUCCCCCACCCCCGCCACAGACGAGCACUCGCGGUGGCUGCGUGAAACGAAUGCGUUCCUGCAGGAGGCCAUGGUGUACCUGGUGGGCAGCAUCGCCCUCAAGACCCAGAAGGACGAACGCCGCGCUCUCCAGUGUUUCCGAAAGGCGCACGAACUCGGGCACGCUCGCGGCACCUUCCGCGUGGGGCUGGCGCAUCUGGAAGGAACGGGCGGCGUGGAGAAGGGCGAGGAACUGGCCAAGGCCUACCUCCGGGAAUCGCUGGACCAGUUUGUGUCGCACCAGAUCCAGGAUAGCGACUACUACGGCAACUUUAGGCAGUACCUGGAAAACGACUUUCGGCACGGCGCCCUGCGGCAUCCGCUGGUGCUGGACCUGCUGCAGCUGUACGCGGAGCAGAGCGAGGACAUCAAAAAGGUGGUGGACUUUGCCCUCGAGCGGAACAGCGCCCGACGGAGGAACAUCACCAUCGCGGGCAACCUGCCCAUCUUUGGCACCACCUGCGGCACUCCUCCGGCCAGCGCCGACGUCCCCCGAGAGCCAACCGAAUGUUGUCCGCCGGAGGCGACACAGCCGGCCGACGAUGAAGCCGCCACUCCCACGACCACUACGACCACCGCCAAGCAGCAGCAGCAGCAGACGGACGAGGAGGGAACGGAGAAUGGCAGCAGCAGGGGCAAGAAGAGCAAAAAGAUGAAGAAGGAGAAGAAGGAGAAGAAGGAAAAGAGCGAGAAGAGGGCCAAGGAGAAGGAGGCCAGACGCGAGCGGAAAAAGAGCAGUGGGACGGACAAGAAGACGGACCGAGAGCUCAAGAAGGAAAGGAAGCGACUCGAGCGGGAGGACAAGGAGCGGGAGAAGGAGAGGCGACGAGAGGAAAAGAAGGCCCGAAGGAGCGAAAAGGACGCUGCCCGACGGACGAAAGAGGACGAGAGGAGAGCCCUCAAGCGGCAGCCGAGCAAGAAGAUCAACGCCGCCGCCGCUGCCGCCGAAGCAACGUAG